UAUUCAUCGUAUAUCCAUCUGUGUCAAGUCUAACAAUCUAACAUAUUCUUUAUUUUACCCCACCAGGAAAGGGGAUAAGAAAUAUUUUCUACCGGCAACAAAUCAACAAUUCCAAAUUAUAAUUAUUCACCCGGUAUACAGUGCUGCGUAAUAUGCUUACAUCAAGCAACACACUGUUUUACUAACACGUGAAAAUGCACAUGUGACGUCUUCUAGCUAGCAUCUAGUUGGCACGCUCAAAAACAUCUUCUGAUAACAAGUCUAUAUGUAUACUAUUUAUACAGAAUUCGUGCUCGAUGUCUAUACCUGUGACUAGUAUUAUAGACUGUUUACCUUACGUAACUUGUGACAACACAUCGAGAAUAUAAAAAAAAUAAAUUUAGUACCGCAGACAAAUGCGUUGAAUUUAGUUUUUAUGCUAUAACAAGUCGUUACACUUUGGAUGAUUGAAUAUAAUGUCAACAGAUAUUCUGAUUUUGAAUGCGAAACUCUGCUGAAGAUAAAUACUAUUUUCGUGCAAUAACUUUAAGAUUUUUAUAAAUAUACAUAUGUAUAAUAACUGUAUCAGAUUCGUCAAUAACCUGUCGAUAAACCAGUGAAAGUUAUCUUAUCAAUGUUUUAUCGUUUUAUUCUAUAAGUUUUACUGCAUAUGAAUUAGGAUGUUAUGUUACUCAUGGUUAAGAAUGUAGUCAGCAAAAUGAUUUGAGAACCGCUGCAGCAAAGUGUAUUGCAGAGUAGAGAAAAUGGCGGAGGUACGCUGUAACGAUACUGAAGAUGAUGGUCCUUCUGAAAGAAAGAAAAUCAAACUUGCUGAAGAGAAAAACUUGAAAUGUACUAAAAGCGUGCACGAGACACUAGAGAACCUAAAUGACUUCGAAAUAAAGCGAAUUUUGAAGAACAAUAACGCAAAAAAGUACGUAUGCAUUGAAGGCUCUUUCAAAGGUCGCAACAGUCCAGCUGUUGUCACAUUAGAAAAAAAAGAAUUCUCAGCCGACGAUUUAGAGACCGGGGCUUUCAUGAAGAGUGUCUCGCUUCGAAAGCUUCAUCGUAAUGAUAUUUAUGGGCAAUAUGAGUGCUUUCCAAAUAUCGAAUACUCCGGAUUAAAGGCAACUAUUAUUCAUCCAGCUACACCAAAACAUAUAAAAAAGUUUGAGGAACAUAAAUUCUAUUUGGUGGACGAGACGCCGGAAGAUUAUUAUAAUAUUACACUUCCUUAUUUUGAGAAACAAAGUUUUUCGCUGCAGUGGAUUGAUAAUAUUUUCGAACAUAAAGCCGAACAAAACCGAGUUCUAUAUGAAGAUCAGGAUGAGGAAAAAGGCUUUGUUAUGGUGCUAGAUUUGAAAAGUACUGGGCAGCGUGACUCUCUCCACGUUUUAGCACUUUCUCGCAAAAAAAUUCGAUCGCUUCGAGAUUUGAACGAAUCUCAUUUGCCGUUAUUGAGAAAUAUACGCGAUGUCUGCAGAGAAGUUAUUAGUACGAAAUAUAAUAUAUCGAAAGAACAUCUUAGAAUGUAUUUUCAUUAUCAACCCAGCUAUUAUCAUCUGCAUGUACAUUGUUCUUAUCUAAUGUUCGAUGCGCCAGGUAUCUUCACGGAAAGGGCGCAUAUGCUUACAACAGUUAUAAACAAUAUAGAGUUAAUGCCAGAUUAUUAUGCAAAAGCUACUAUACCAUUUGCGAUUCAUCGAGAUAAUCCGCUAUUACUAAAGUACAAAGAAGCGGGAGUCAUAACCGAAGGAGUUAUUGAUGAUGUGGAUUAGGUUUUGAUAUUUUGUGUUAUUCUUUAUUUACGAUGGUCUUUCUUUCCUGUACCGAAUAAAUAUGGACGAAUGCGCAUGUAAAAAAUAUUUCGACGAGUUACGAAUACAAGAAUUUUUUUAUAUA